AUGUCUCAAGAUCGCGAUUCGCAACCGUCCGAGGCGGGAAAUUUUUCCGCGCUUAAGAAAAAGCGAGCUACAAUAAAGGGUUCGUGUACACGUAUACAAACGUUCAUGAAUAAUAUUAGUCAGAUUACAUCAGAUGUGAUAGCACAUAUUGAAGAACGCAGGGAGCGGUUAGAUGCAUAUUGGUGCGAUUACGAUAAUGUACAAACGGAAAUCGAGACUUUAGAUGAUAAAGAAGUGGAAGAUAGAAUUGCGUUUGAAGAUGCGUUUUAUUUAUUGCGCGCGCAAAUGCGGCGUUUGUUGGCGAACACAUCCGGAAGGUACACAUCAAGCAGUGUGUCACAUACCACGGCAUCUCAAUCAGAAUCUAAAGUAGAUUCAUCCGCGAGUGUUCGAUUACCAAAGAUAAGCUUACCUUCUUUUUCGGGUAAAUAUGAGGAAUGGUUACCGUUCCACGAUAUGUUUAUUGCUAUUGUACACGAUAAUAAGGCAUUAAAUAAUAUUCAGCGAUUUCAAUAUUUACGUGCGUCUUUGUCUGGUGAUGCGGCCAGUCUCAUUGCGGCUUUAGAAAUAUCGGACAGCAAUUACGCGGUUGCGUGGGAUAUUUUAAGACAGAGAUACGAUAAUAAGCGCGUUAUCAUUCAAACUCAUAUUAGAGGCAUCAUGGAUUUGCCCGCAAUGGUCAAAGAAAAUUCAAAGGAAUUAAGACAAAUUUCAGAUGGUGCAUGUAGACACAUACUUGCAUUAAAGGCAUUAAAAAGACCAGUUGAUUACUGGGACGAUUUGCUUGUUUACAUUCUUAGUUCAAAAUUAGAUUCCGUAACAGCAAAGGAAUGGCAAUCUUCAUUAAAAAACGGGGAGAUUCCCACUUUUAAGCAGUUUACAGAGUUUGUUUCGCAUACGCGGUCAAGUUUUGGAAACAACCACUAG